AUGGACCCGGGCGUCGCCAAGGGUUCGGUAGGGACUGACCAAUUUCACUCCACGGACAACGGGAGUGGGAGUGGAAGGGCAAGUGGUGAAGCUGGGGAUGGUGCGGGAGAACGGGUGCUUGUUCUCUCACCGGGUGUGACUCUCACUCUCGGGCAAGAUGCGUUGCUCCUGUCCGGUCAACUCGCUACAAAACCCAGUCGGUCAUGUAUACCAUGUGUCGGGCUCCCUGGGUCUGAUGGUACGCCCGCUAGUAUACCGUACUACAACAUUCUCUGGGCCGAAGCCACCAGUGACCACCGGUGGCUGCUGAUCGACUAUGCGGACCUUAGUAACCCCAACGACGCCAAAGUCCGGAACGCCAAGUUCGCCACCCCCCAGCUUGUCAGCGAGCAGACAUCCGCUGGGGUCGGUGAUCAAGUGGCGCCCUGGAUUGACCGGCUUCUGGAUCUCGCCUAUGCUCACUCGGUCCGGCGAAAACGUGCAUGGGUGCUUGUGAACCCACAUGCCGGCCCGGGAGGUGCCGAGAAGACGUGGGAGAACGAGGUGCGGCCGUUCUUCGAGGCUGCGCGCAUGCCCCUGACGGUUGUACGGACGGCCUACUCAGGCCAGGCCGUGGACCUAGCGCGCGAUCUCGACAUUGAUGACUUCGACAUCGCGAUCCCCUGCUCCGGCGACGGGCUGCCGCACGAGGUGUUCAAUGGGCUCGCCAAGCGGCCUGAUGCCCGCCGCGCGCUGGCCAAGAUCGCCGUCUGCCACAUUCCUUGCGGCUCCGGAAACGCCAUGAGCUGCAACCUGUACGGCUCCCACCGGCCGACGCUCGCGGCGCUGGCGAUUGUCAAGGGCGUGCCAACGCCGCUUGAUCUGGCUAGUAUUACGCACGGCGAUGGACAGCGCACACUUAGUUUCCUGAGCCAAGCGGUGGGUAUGGUUGCUGAAGUCGACCUGGGUACCGAACAUCUGCGAUGGAUGGGUGCGGCUCGCUUCACGUGUGGCGGGCUCAUGCUAGCGCUGCAGAGAAAAACGUACCCCUGUGAUAUUGCCGUCAAGGUUGAGAUUGAGAACAAGGAGGAUGUCAAGAAGCACUACCGGCAGCACAUUGCGAAUAGGGACCACAAGACCCCAGAGGCAGGGCCCGGAGAAUCGCAACAGGACAAGAACGCCGCCGACACACGAACGGAUGGGCCAGGCCUUCCGCCAUUAAAGUACGGGACGUCGAUGGAUAAGCUACCAGAGGGAUGGGAGCUCAUUCCCUAUGAGAAGUUGGGAAUGUUUUAUUGCGGUAUUAUGGCCUACAUGGCGCCCGACGCCAACUUCUUCCCGGCUGCCCUCGCCAACGAUGGGCUCAUGGACCUCAUCACCAUCGACGGCGACAUCUCACCUUUUAAAUCUAUCGGCCUUCAGCUAAGCGUCGAGUCAGGCCAAUUCUUCGACAGCCCGCUCGUGGCCUAUCGGAAGGUCUCGGCCUAUCGCAUCAUCCCACGUAACCAGGAGACUGGCUAUAUCAGUAUCGAUGGCGAGGCUAUCGACUUUGGGCCAUUCCAGGCUGAGAUCCACCCCGGGUUGGGGCUGACGCUAUCAAAAAACGGCGUCUUUGAGGCACCAGGCCCCCUGGAAUAA